CCUUUUAUGAGGUCUAUGAUGCAAAUGUCUCGUCCACUGUGUGUGGACGUGUAUAUGUGGAGGUGUGGGUGUGUGUCUUCCUAAAGGGUAACUUGACUAAUUCAAGCUUCGUUCCAGAUUGGAAAGCAUAAUGUAAAUAAGAGGCAUUAAACAAUUUCCUGCCAUAUGUAUGUGCUUACAGCUACAAAUGUCUUCAGAUGACAUCAUUUGGAGAUUUUCAGAUAAAAUGAUGGCAUGUUACUUCACACUCUGCAGCCUUUUUGUCCUUGAUAGACGUGGUCCAGAAUUCUUUCAUAUAACUUCAUUUGACUGAAGAGGUUUUUCAGAGGAUGCCCUUAGGAAAUUUUAAGAGCUAUUUUAAUACGAAAUAGACAGAGGAGAAUUUAGUACCUUUCUUUUAGAAGUACUCCCCAAACUACAACCAAAUGAAGAAUGUUAACAUCUCAGGAUUUAAUGUUUUUAUUCAGAUUUCAUACAAUGUUUUUUUUGUUUUUGUUUUUUUUUUUUAAUUAGAAGGUUGGAAAGCCACUAACCCCCCUGUGAGUAACUGAAGGUAAAUGCUUUAUACAUUUUUAUGUUGGCAGCUAAAUGUGUUGUUGGGCAUUAUGACAUCAUAAUAAAUAGAUAAGUUAAUCUUAUUUUGGAGCACCUUAUUAUGUAUAUGAAUUAGAAAAAGAACUUUUUAUUGCGGUUCCUUUGUAAUCUCACACACACACACACACACACACACACACACACACACACACACACACACACACACACACACACACACACACACACACACUAAACAGAGCAGACCUUGAUCAUAAAUUUAGCUUCUCUCAAAAUGUUUAUUCAUCUCCAGCGAGAGGUUGUGGGGCUUUGUAAACUCUCAGCUUUCAUUUCUUCUGCCUUCCUGAGUUAAUGAGAACAACAAAGGAAUCUUGUAGCGUUUAAAAGUAGGGGGCUGAUACCAAAGUGAAGUGCAAUGGGUGGUAAUAAGACCGAGCUGGGGCUGGAUCAUGGCUGACACAUUUCCCAUCUCUGUGAGCUCUAACUCUUUAAUCGAUUUCCAUCUGUGUCUCCCAUGUCGGCUCCACUCCAGCCGAGGCACCGGUGCUAAGCCGGGGUUUUUGGGAGGUUGAAUAGACUUUAAAAUGCAUAAAAAGGAUACUGGCGAGAGCUCGGAUCUCUGCAGUUUGAAUUUCCAGUGAAACCGACUGUCAUCGAUGUGGGCAUAUAUGUCAACAGUAUCGGGCCCGUGUCAUCCAUCGAUAUGGAGUACCAGAUCGAUAUUAUCUUUGCCCAGACAUGGGUGGACACCCGUCUGCGGUAUAACAGCAGCACCAUGCGGAUUCUCACCCUCAACAGCAACAUGGUCGGCCUGAUCUGGCUGCCUGACACCAUCUUUAGGAAUUCCAAGACUGCCGACUCUCACUGGAUAACGACGCCCAAUCAGCUGCUUCGCAUAUGGAACAAUGGAAAGAUACUCUACACGCUGAGGAUGACCAUCAACGCAGAAUGCCAGCUGCAGCUCCAUAAUUUCCCAAUGGACGAGCACUCCUGUCCUCUCGUCUUCUCCAGCUAUGGCUACCCCCAAGACGAGAUCGUGUACAAGUGGAGGCGAAAGUCCGUGGAGACUUCGGACCAGAAAUACUGGCGGCUUUACCAGUUCGAUUUCAUGGGUCUCAGAAACACCACGGACGUGCUCACGACGACGGCGGGCGAUUAUGUGUUGAUGACGGUGUACUUUGACCUCAGCAGAAGGAUGGGCUACUUCACCAUCCAGACGUACAUCCCCUGUAUCCUGACCGUGGUCCUCUCCUGGGUCUCGUUCUGGAUCAAGAGUGACGCCACGCCAGCUAGGACUGCUUUAGGUAUCACCACGGUGCUCACCAUGACCACCCUGAGCACGGUGGCCAGGAACUCGCUGCCCAGAGUGUCCUACGUGACGGCCAUGGACCUGUUCGUGACCGUCUGCUUCCUGUUCGUCUUCGCCGCCAUGAUCGAGUACGCCAUGCUCAACUACUACUCCUACAGCAUUCGCAGACCUCCUGCCAGGAGGCAGAGGAUGGCCUACUCCUCCUUCAACGUGGGGCGCGUCCCUCGGUCUGUGAUGCCCAUGAGCAACUCUCUCUUCUGGCAAGACUACGACGACAACUGCCUGUACGAGUGCCUGGACGGGAAGGACUGCAAAAGCUUCUUCUGCUGCUACGAGGAGUGUAAAGAGGGCGGAUGGAGGAGAGGUCGCAUCCACGUCAACAUCAGAGAGUUGGACGCCUAUUCCCGGCUGACUGGGACCUGCAUCUUUGGAAUUUCGAGUACUAACCCAGGAUCACCACUGGCAAGGAUAAUGAACUCAUCUAAGAGACUCUUCCAGAGACCUUGUCACCCCCACUAGAGUUUCUCUGAAAAGCGACGCCACACUCGUGCCAAGGUGUUACUAAAUCAUCCCAUUUCUGCUUAUUUACCCAGUAAAUCAAUCUGUUUUAGUUGUCGGUGGGGUCUCUGGAGGGCAGAGAUAUACCAAAAGCCAUUCUGAUCUUGGAUCAGCACUCCAAGGGGUAGGAAUAUUUUAUGAAAACGGGGUCUAAAAUCAAAAUAGGCAUCUUUUAUAGUGUGUAGUACAUUCCCUGAAUUAAUAAAUAAUGUUUUGGUCAAGUACUACUGUGA